GGAGAGAAGUAAGUGUUCGUAUACCACAAGCCUGUGUUCCUCUCACUGCAUGUGUGAGCUGUACAAUACCCUUGAGGCUGUCACAGACAAAAACAGAGGGGAGAGAGAAAAAGAGAGAGAGAAAAAUAGAGAGAGGGAGACAGACAGAGGAGAGGGCAGGAAAUAGACCUUGAAGAGAAACAGAGAGUCUCUCUCUCUCUCUCUCACUCACUCACACACACACACCCACACGGAGGACUGAGGGAGGACCGUACAUUCUCUCGGUCUCUACUCUACGCUCAGGACAAAGCAACACGCUGGUUUAACUUCAGAGCCUCUCCUGUGACACCAGCACAGAGACACCGUCAACUGCUUCACGACAGGACAACGAGGGGGGAAAGCCUGGAUCAUUUUCAAACAAAGAGGACAAAGGAGGAUCGUGGACUGUAUUGAUAAACAUUUCAACAAGAAAAGAGGAGAAUAAAGAACUCUCCACAAGUGAAUUAUUACAUUAUAUUAAACCCUUCUUCUCUGCGAGGACGUGGACCGGAGAGCGGUUACAGGAGUUAUUCUGAGCGUAGUAACAAAUUUAAAAAAAGUUUUUUUUGUGGCUGCCUGAGUGGCUGGCUGCUGUCUGAGUAAGUACAGCUCUCUGUCUCAGCCAGUUAGUCCUGCAGCCUCGGGGAGUCCUGCCGGCAGGGGACAGGGGGAGGGUAGGUAGGUGGAAGCUGCAGCGUGGAUCCCCAGUCCAACACCAUCGUCAACAACAUGUCAACAAAAUGGGGUAGGAAACAUAGUGAUCAUGGAGAUUUUGGAAUGAAAACUUUGGUGUUUUAACGGUUUGUUCAAGAGUUUACACGAUUUAGAGACGUUUUGUGUUCUGCCUUUCUGCCUCGCUGGACAUUCGUGGCGGAUUGGGGACCAAGAAUUGAGUGAAAUACUUUUCUUGUAUAGUUGUUACACAACCCACUGACACCCCACCCCCCCUCCCAGCCCCCCGACACCCCCCUCAGUGUUCCCUUGCUACCUCAACAACAUGAACAAUACCACCCUGAUCCCACUGGCCAUGUCCACAGACAACUUCACCCUGCUGAAAUACGGUCUUGGUGGGAUUAUCAGAUCAAGCAUCACUCCUUUGCUGCACCAACUCAACUCCUCCGUCUCCUCAGACAGUUCCAACUGCACCAAGAACGAUGGCUUUAAGUAUCCUCUCUACAGCACCGUGUUCAGCCUGGUGUUCAUUGUGGGGUUGAUCACUAACAUGGCUGCCAUGUAUAUAUUCACCUGUACUCUCAAGUUGAGGAACGAGACGACGACCUACAUGAUCAACCUAGUGGUGUCAGACCUUCUCUUCGUCUUCACACUGCCUCUCAGGGUCUUCUACUUCCUUAACCAGGACUGGCCGUUCGGCGGGAUACUCUGCAAGCUCUCCGUCUCAUUAUUUUAUACCAACAUGUACGGGAGUAUUCUAUUCCUCACUUGUAUUAGUGUGGAUCGGUUCCUGGCCAUCGUUCACCCGCUCAGGUCACGGGCGUUGAGAACAAAGAGGAACGCUAAGAUGGUGUGCGUGGCGGUCUGGGUUCUGGUGUUGGCAGGGAGUCUACCGACAGGGUUUAAACUGGAGACCACAUCGCCACACCACAACCACUCCACCGCACGGUUCUGUUUCGAGAACUUCUCAUCCACGCAGUGGAAGUCCCACCUCUCCAAGGUGGUGAUCUUCAUCGAGACGGUGGGUUUCCUGAUCCCCUUGCUCCUCAACGUGGUAUGUUCCGUCAUGGUUCUCCAGACCCUGAGGAGACCCCAGACCAUCAGCCGCGGGGGGAAACUCAACAAAACCAAGAUCCUUCGAAUGAUCGUGGUUCAUCUCUUCAUCUUCUGCUUCUGUUUCAUCCCUUAUAACGUCAACCUAGUCUUCUAUGCCCUGGUUCGAACUGGGACGCUGAAGGGCUGCGCUUCAGAGACCGUGGUCCGAACUAUCUAUCCUGUCGCUCUCUGUAUUGCUGUGUCUAACUGCUGUUUUGACCCGAUCAUCUACUACUUUACCUCGGAGACCAUCCAGAACUCUAUCAAGAGGAAGUCCACGAUCAGCCAGGCGUACGACAUUAAGUUCUCUGAGGCACUGCAGAGUGAGACCAGCGCCAACUUCCACUGCAGCCUGAGGACACUGAAAGACAAAGUGUUUAACAACACAGAGUCUUCUGUUUGACACUGGGGGGUGUGGAGGGACUGACCGGCUGGCUGGUUGACUGGUUAGCUGACUGGCUGGCUGUAUGGCAGGGUUACUGGCUGACUGGAUGGCUGGUUGACUGGUUAGCUGACUGGCUGGUUGACUGGUUAGCUGACUGGCUGGUUGACUGGUUAGCUGACUGGCUGGUUGACUGGUUAACUGACUGGCUGAAUGGCAGGCUUACUGGCUGACUGGAUGGCUGGCUGACUGGUUAGCUGACUGGCUGGCUGUAUGGCAGGCUUACUGGCUGACUGGAUGGCUGGUUGACUGGUUAACUGACUGGCUGGCUGGUUGACUGGUUAACUGACUGGCUGGCUGAAUGGCAUGCUUACUGGCUGACUGGAUGGCUGAUUGACUGGUUAACUGACUGGAUGGCUGGUUGACUGGUUAACUGACUGGCUGGCUGAAUGGCAGGCUUACUGGCUGACUGGCUGGUUGACUGGUUAACUGACUGGCUGGCUGUAUGGCAGGCUGACUGGAUGGCUGGUUGACUGGUUAACUGACUGGCUGGCUGGUUGACUGGUUAACUGACUGGCUGGCUGAAUGGCAGGCUUACUGGCUGACUGGAUGGCUGGCUGGCUGGUUGUCUGUCUGUCUGGCUCCACCAGACAAUAGGGAUGUGGAGACUGGCUGGCUGGCUGGUUGCUAGCAGCAGCACACAGGGUCUCUAAAUGGUUCUAUCUAUCUGUAGUUCUGGACUUAAGACUUGUGAAUUUAAUUGAUACAUGCAAAUACACAUACAGACAUUACACACGCAAUGGAUUAACAUCAAACACAAUGGAUUAUCAGCAAGCCUCUGGGAGACGUUGGAGAUAUUGGAAGGGGCUUGGAGGAGGAGGGCUGAGGCACCAGCAAGGAAAGAGGACAUACGUAUAGGAUUUCAGUGUUUAUCUCAGGGCUGCAACAUGGACCAAGCCCCUGUGACUGUCCAUGCUAUAUGUACCAGACAGUCUACAGUAUUGUCAGGUUGUCUUAUUUGAUCCCCUGUUAGUUAAUAUGUUAAUUUAAUAUAACUAACUAACAUCCCCUUGUGGAAUUAGCACUGUUUUUGCACAAUAAUUGUGCCAGACAAAAGUAAUUAAACUUCAGAAAAAUAUGAA